AUGCAGUCGCGGCUCCGUCGCCAAGCUCUUGGUGCCCUCAAAUCCCGACUAUUCUCGUUUCCUGCUCCAACUGCCCGUUUCUUUUCAACUGCGAAGUCAUCGGAUGGAUCGAAGAAGGACAAGCACAAAACCAACUCAGAAGCUGUCGAUGCUGCCAGUGAACCUGCCUACAAGGCGCAUUUCCUCGAGUCUAAGGACGUCCACCCUCUUCAUCCUACCACUGCAAGCGGUGAUCCUGUGUGGGAUAACCCGAUAAGACAUACCGUGUACGAUCUGGAAAAGAUCAGGUAG